CGCAACAUUAAACAGACUGUUUUUUUUUUACACAAGGAUUCCGCCGACUUGCUGCCAUUAGAUGGGCUCAAGAAACUCGGGACGUCUAAAGAAGGGCAACCACACAACAUUCUCCAGAGAAGGUCCUUAUCAUGGAACAGAAUGAACAACCGAAACCUGAGACCACCAAACAAUCAUAUGGUUCAAAGCCACAGCAUGCACAGCGGCACUCAAGAGGCUGAGACUGACCUCAUUCAAGUCAAGUGUCAGUGCUUUGGGCAGGAUAUGAUCCUUACUGUUGACACUGGCUGUAUCCAAAAUAUGAUAUCAUCAGUCAGUGUAGAGUAUCUUGGCUUUAAGGAAAAGAUAAUCAGUAACAAGAAUGAGGAUCAUUUAGGGCCACUUCAGCACAAUCUUCAAAACAAAGGACACAUCAAACUGAGUUUGGUCAUUGGGCAAACAGAAACAGAUCUAUUAUUUACUGUUGUGGAAACCAAAAGAAUGUUUAUAUCGCUGGGUUCAAAGACACUCAAGUUUCUGAAGUGUGUUAUUGACACUGAAAAGCAGAUGCUUGUGUUUGGAAAUUCUGUGCGGGAACAAGUCCAUUUUGUUGGAAAACGUGAAAAUGAAGUCUCCAUAGAAUAAGAAGAAUCAAGAAAUAUCUACAUU